AUCAUUAUUAUCAACCAAUAUCAUUAUCGACAAAAUCCAGAAGCCUUCUGAAAUAAAUCCCACAGAUGAAUCUCAUAGCCGCGCAAAUCGUGGUUUGGCUGACAUUCAAAUGCGUUCUCCCGCUUGACUUUAUCAGUCAGGAAAGCAGAGGGGUUGGUUAUUUCCCUUCUUUCAAGCGAGAAAUCCUCGAACCACGAAGACAGCGACCGUGAAGACUCUCACACGCCUAUCAAAUAGUAUCCAGUUCCAGUCAUUGCCUUUGACCAACAAUCCUUCCACCGGGUGCGCUUUUACCGCGUACGGAAUUUCCUGCCAUUGCACCCUUCACCCUAAACUUUAGCAUCUAGAAUCAGUUCUCUCUUCUAAGACUCUGGGCGUCAUGUCAAAUUCUCCCGCGAAAGUUCUCUUGAACCCUCCCUUUCGUGCUGAACACGUGGGCUCCCUGAUCCGGCCGAAACCUCUGUUCGACAAGCGGUGUGAACUGGAGAAAGGGAAGUGCUCACUUGACGACCUCAAAGAGGCUGAAAGCGACGCUGUCAAGCACGUCGUAGAGCUUCAGAGGUCACUGGGGAUCAAAUCCAUUACUGACGGCGAAGUCAAGAAAGCGUCUUUCUACGAUGGUGUAUUUGAAAAACUUGAUGGAAUGGUUUUCAUGCCUGCACGUCCAAUCAACGAGUUCAAGCGCUAUCUGCCUCACAUAGCGAUGCUAUAUGCUGCAGGAGUCCCAUCUGACGCGACUUUCUAUUGCAAUGGAAAAAUAAAACGUACCAAACCAUUCUACGUUGAAGAAUUCAAGGCAAUAAAAAGUGUCGUCCCACCAGAGGAAGUCAAGAAUAUCAAGAUCAACAUGUGUCCCCCUUCUUGGUGGCAUCACCGACACGGAUCUGACCUUGCGUACGAUCUGAAUGUGUAUAAGAACGACGAUGAAUUUUUUGAUGACCUCGGAGUUGCUUAUCGCGCCGAAUUCAGAGAGCUUUAUGAACUUGGAUGCCGCAAUAUCCAACUUGAUGAUCCAACUUUCGCUUUCUUUUGUUACGAACCUACCGUUUCUGGAAUGAGAGAGGCUGGAGUUGAUCCCGAAAAGCUACUUGAUACCUACAUUCGUUCCAUUAACGUCUGCACACAAGGGCGUCCAAGCGAUUUGCGUGUUGGCCUACAUAUGUGUCGAGGUAAUUACAAGGGUUUACAUUUCUGCGAAGGGGGUUACGACCCGAUAGCGGAGAAAGUGUUCGUUGGACUGGACGUAGACACGCUAUACCUCGAAUUCGACGACGAACGCAGUGGUUCUUUCGAUCCGCUGAAAUAUAUCCCAUUAAACAAGAUGGUCGUGCUUGGUCUGGUCACUUCGAAGAACCCAAAGCUGGAGCAUAUGGAUGACCUCAAGAGGCGCGUCGAUGAAGCUGCUACUGCCAUGUCCACCGAUAAUCCAUUGCGCUCGAAGGUGACAGCGUUAAAUCAACUUUGUAUCAGCCCUCAAUGCGGCUUCGCGUCUGUUUGGCAAGGGAAUCCGAUCACCGAAGAGGAGGAGAAGAAGAAACUAGCACUAAUCGUCGAAACGGCAAAACAAAUAUGGAACGACUUGGAAUAAGGCUGUUUUGUGUAGACCGCGUAGGAUGCUCGGAAUGUAUACAUCUAUUCACAUUUGCUAUAAUCUAACUUCAUAAGGAUUUUUUUGCGUUACCACAGGGUGUGGCGUCGAGUUCACUUGAAGCCCGUGGUUGGUAUCCGCGGCAUGUAGCGCGGUUCCUCAUUGGGAGAGACCGUGCCAAUUUCCUCCUCUGUGGUGCAUAGCCGCGAGGGUCGGAUGAUCCCCGUUUGUUGUGGAUUAAGACUUG